AUGAGCCAUUCGUCUCCUGUGAAGAACGGCGGCAGUAAUGUUCCUCCUGCACGGCAAAUACGAUUUGUCUCAAGCGAUGGACAGCCCCAGCCGAAGCGCCGUCGAGUCAAUGCGGCCGAACCUUCUACUCAUGUUCGCACGCCCUCAGGGAACGCAUCACUAGCCCCAAGCCUCGCCCCUCUACCCUCUGCUAGCGAGAGAUCAAAUCCUCAAAUGGUCAAGAGUCAAAGUCCAGAUGGUGCUUCACAGUAUAAGCAAACCCUAGGCAGUGGCCUUGACCGGCACGCCGAUCAUACAAGCUCUCAGGAUGCCCUUUUAUCGAGAGAGACAUCUUCGAGCAAUAUCCGUGAGUCGGAGCAGCAUACAACCGGAGCAAGUCCGGAAAGCAGUCGGACCUCCCUAAGCUCAAGUCAUCGCACCCACGUUCCUUAUUUUCGAUAUUUUGGGCCGACAGCCAUUGUUCCCGGCUUCAAACAGAUGGUAGUACAGGUGCGCGGGUCUCGCAAAAGCAAUACUUCGUUGUCUUCAGAGUCCCUUUCGCCUCUUCGAAGUCCAAAGUCUGCAGACGUGGGUAUCGGUCGUAUAAAUUCGCUGGUCGAUAACCGUGAGUUCCGAGACGCGAACACCAUCCCGUUCUAUGACCGAGACGACACUUUACCUGUCAGCAACCUGGUCAUGCACCUUUGCGACCUGUUCUUCGUUCAUCUGGGCUGCAGUUUCCCAUUCUUGCAGCGAGAUCGGUUUCUUCGUGAUCUAAAGGAUAAGAAAGUUGAUACUAUGCUUGUUGACGCAGUCUGUGCCUUAGCCGCGAGAUUUUCGCCGCACCCGCUAUUGGGUCCUCCUCAGGCGCCGUCUAUCGAUGGCUCGGAGUUGCAGAAUGACGUAAAGAACUCAGACCGGGGUCACGCAUUUGCUCACAGGGCAAUGGGCGCCUUGGUUGACUCGCUUUCAUGCCCCACACUUUCUGUUGUUCAAGCAUGUCUUCUGCUGGCCUACGAACAAUUCGGAUCAAAUCAUGACAGUGGCCUCUGGAUGUAUCUAGGUAUUGCCAUUCGAAUGGCUCAGGAUCUUGGAAUGCAGAAGCUGCAGGGCCUGAAACACAGCUAUGGGCGGAGGGGCGUGACUCCAAGUGCAGUUCUGUCUGGACAGGCAGGGAAGCUACGGGAGGAAGAAUAUGAUCAAUGUGAUGGUGCUCAAGUUCCUUUAAGCCCCAGCAGCGGGAUGAAGCACGAUGAGGACCAUCGCGCCUGGGAGCGUGAAAAGGUCGACACGUUCUGGAGUAUUUUCUUCCUGGAUCGUGUAAUCUCCUCGGGUACUGGGAGGCCAGUCACGCUUCGCGACGAGGAGAUAGAGUUAUGUUUCCCGCUACAGUCGGAAUCGAAAUUAUCGAACGGCUGGCCUGCACCGUUUCCGCCACUCAUUCGCAUAAUACACCUUUACGGAAGGGUCACGGAUCUAAUCAAUGGUAUUCAGGAUGCGAACCACGUCACAACAGAGACAUUGAAGAGACUUGCCGGGAUGGAAAGUGAUCUGACAGAUCAGAAGGCUAAGGGUAUCGUUGAUCCAUUGCUCUAUACUGAAGAGGAGAUGGAAAAUGCAACUGAGACAUUUCCACUUCCGACCUCCGCUGUUCCCACCUACCGACAAGCAAAGCCAGCAUUGAGUGCCACGGUUCAGCCAAAAAAUGCGGCAAGUGCUGCAACAGAAGGCAGAACGUCACCUAGGAUUGACCCGGGCCAAGCCAUUGGAUGGGCUCUUACUGGAGCCACCAACUCUUCCCAACCAAACCUCAGCUUGUUAUACCAGAUGCCAGCUUCCCAAGCCGAUUAUGACACAAAUAGACCUACCUUUUCUUCUCAGUAUAGUCACAGCUACCCCAAUCUGCCGGCGCAAUUUAAACAGGAGCAAGGUUCGAGCUCGUAUCCACAGUCAGUGGAGACGACACGGACUUCAGACGGGACACGAUCUUCAUCAAUCUCUAAUGGACCCGCGAAAUAUAGUUCGCUUGUUCCUCCUGGACGAGUUGCCGCUUCCGACGCCAAUCUUCUACUGGGCCUAAACACAUCAUAUUCUAACUCAACCGAUAGCACAUCGAAUACUCAACCAACUUACAACCAGGGCCUUACCUCUUCAUCCAUGUCUCAACUGCAACCGCAAACCUCUCACUACAGUUACAGCAUGGCGUCUGCACAGAGCGAACGGCAUGCAGGUAGCAGCCAUAUAAAUCCACAAUCGACCCACCUACAAUCGAACAUCGGCUCGAAUUUCGGUGGGGUCUUUAUAGAAAGCCAGGAAGUCGAUGUGAAUGCUCUCCAACAACAAGAGCACUUUCCAUUCCCUUUCAAUGGUGAAAUUCUACCUUACCUUGAAUAUCUACCGCAAGACGUCCUCCAUUACUUUGAGGAACAACAAAAUUACCCUCCUCUGAUGAGCGCAGACGAAAAUCAUACCCAACCUUCGGAAUGA